AUGGUUGUUUACGACAUCCAGACCCCCAUUGACCAGGACCUGCCUCCGCGUUGGUCCCAGCCUAGGCGCCAGGAGCUGCGUAGGCUGGACGAAUUUGAGGACCCUAUCCUCGCGAACUACAUCCCCGCAAAUAGCAUUCAAGGCAGAAAUGACGCGGAGGGAAACCUCAUAGAGCCAUUUCAUUUUCGAUUCAUGACUCGUGUGCCACCCAGGCCAGACUUCCGAAGAACCCCAGGCCAGGGCCAGACCGAAGCCCAGACUGACCCUGAACAAAUCCCCGUUAUCCUUGAGGUCUUUGUGAUCGGCCCUCACUGUCUGCUCUUGCCGAAUCUUCUGAAUACUAGGAGUAUGAUGCAGGAUUUUAUGAUAAGGAGUGAUCAGUAUGACGCUCGAGGGCAGGUCGUUGAAAAGGUUAUCGCGUUCCUUAUGAUCGAACACCCUCUCGAAGGUAUACCUGGAACGGGUCUUCUCAACAACAUCGCAGCUCUAGAAGGAAUGUAA